GACUGACCAAUAGGAGCAGUCGGUGGUUCACCCGGCGACGUAAAAGCGGAGGAUGCUGAAGCUCCGCUUUAUGGAAACACCGCGGGUCCAGAGAAACUAGUAGCGAGGAGAAGUCAGGACAAGUGAUGGAGAACUCCAACCACUACAGCCCCGGCGACAAGAAGGACGACGGCACCGUGCUGAACGGACACUUUUCCGGCGUGGUGAAGCGGACCGCGGCAACUGCCGCCGAGCCGGGCUACCACCGACCGGCGUCCUCCGUGAUAGAGAGCUGGAAGGAGGAGCGCACCAGGAGCGUGGAGGACAACGAGCUGAGCCUGCCGGCCCUGGCCGCGGCGUACACCAGCAUCCUGCGGGGGCUCGGGGAGGACCCUCAGCGGCAGGGACUCCUGAAGACGCCGUGGAGAGCCGCUACCGCCAUGCAGUUCUUCACCAAGGGCUACCAGGAGAAAAUAAUCGACGUGCUGAAUGAUGCCAUAUUUGAUGAAGACCAUGAUGAAAUGGUGAUCGUCAAGGACAUCGACAUGUUCUCCAUGUGUGAACACCACCUGGUGCCCAUCUUUGGAAAGGUUCACAUUGGUUACCUCCCUGAUAACAGAGUCCUGGGUCUCAGCAAACUGGCGAGGAUUGUUGAAAUCUACAGCCGGCGGCUACAAGUUCAAGAGCGGUUGACUAAACAGAUUGCGGUGGCGAUUACAGAGGCCCUGAAGCCAAACGGGGUUGGCGUUGUCAUCGAGGCAACCCACAUGUGCAUGGUGAUGCGUGGCGUUCAGAAGAUGAACAGUAAGACCGUCACCAGCACCAUGUUAGGAGUUUUCCGAGAAGACCCCAAGACCCGCGAGGAGUUUCUCACACUGAUCCGGAGCUGAGGAGGCCAAAGCUGCUCCUCCUCCUCCUGUUGCCUGGGGUUACCUCAUCUACACUAGCCAGCUACUAUGUGCAUAUGUGUGUAUGUGUUUUUAAAAUAUGAUGAAAAUCAGUGACUGUUGAUUCAGUUUUCGUUUAAAGUCAUUUUACUCUUCAGAUGACCUCGGUGACUUCUCCCUGGGUGGCGGUGUGAAAGGUCAUGUUAACUGACGGUGUGUGUGUGUGUGUUUUAGAUGACUUUAACCCUUUUUGUAGAUAAAAUAUCAGUGACCUCAGAAACCAGGAAGAGAUUUUACUUUCAGGUCCACUCAUUAAAGUCAGUCAAAGAUUAAAAAUGUGGAAAUAUUGUGUGACCAGAUUUACUUUAC